AUUCAUUGAGAAGAUUCGACGAGUCAUGCUUCACUAUUAAGAGGCCGUUUCCGCGAAUCGAUUCAUUUGAACAGUUUGUUUGAAAGAACCGCACGAGAAACAGAACUAUUGAACCGUGUGAACGAAUCCAAUUCAUUGAAAAGAUCCGACUCGAAACUACUUUUAACGAAUCGGAAUUAUUAUUUAGUACGUCAUAUUUAACUGCUAGCUAUUGGAUUACAUAAUAAGGCCAUUUAAAUUAUGGAAUAAUCUGUAUGCGCAAUAUUUGAAAUAAUGAGGCUUUUAUUUUGAAACUAUCAUGUCUAUCAGUUACGCAUUGGGAUCUUACAGAAAUGGUCUAUCGAAUUAAAUGUAUUUAAUAUACGCUGCAAGCUAGAAACGAAAAGCAGUCAGAGUGAAACAUUUUUUAACUAAAGCGUGUGCGAUCUAAUGUUUCCUCUGAAGGAGAAGGUUUGUUCUGCGCAGAGGAAUGAUAAACAGAAGACUGGACCUAAAUAAUCCACAACCAGCAUGCUGCACAACAACAGUUAAAGCUGAGUCAAUAACAAUGCAACAAGAAGAAGAAUAACAGGUCUUGCUGUACACGAGAAGGGAAGCAUGGAGUCUGCGAGCCUGGAGAACUUGUGUGUUUUGUACCAUAGUGCAAACUAUAUAGUUGUCAACAAACAUUGGGAUAUUCGUAUCGACAGCAAGAUGUGGUACGAGAAACAGACUGUCCAGAGUCAGCUGAAGCAUCGCUUCCCAGAGCUUGCAGAUCCUGGCACCUACUACGGCUUCAGGUUUUGCCAUCAGCUGGAUUUCUCUACCAGUGGUGCUUUGUGUGUAGCACUGAACAAGACAGCAGCAGGCCAGGCUUACCGCUGUUUUAAAGACAGACUUGUGACCAAAUCUUAUCUCGCUCUGGUCCGAGACAUUGUGGCUGAGGAGAAAAUGACCCUUGACUUUGCGAUCGGCAAGAACACAACAGAGGGCAAGACCCACAUGAUGUGUACUGAAGGAACAGACGGUUGUGAGAAUCCUAAGAGCUGUCAAACAGAGCUGACAGUUUUAGAGUAUGGAGAAUAUGACGGAGAUCCAGUGACAAAAGUGCUUCUGCAGCCUCAGACAGGACGGACGCACCAGCUCCGAGUGCACUGCAGCACCAUUGGUCACCCCAUAGUGGGAGACUACACUUACAGUCUACGCACUGACAAUGCUCCGUAUCGCAUGAUGCUGCACGCAUACUUCUUGCACAUCCCACUAGAGAAUGAACCCAUUCACGUCACAGCCCCAGAUCCCUUUGUACCCACCCUCGACUCCAAAUGGGCACCACAAAGAUGUGUAAAUGUUCUGGAGGACUUACUGAAGAGUAUUUUGACAAAACCACAAACUGAAAUCCAAGAAGAUCCACAGCCAGUGCACAGGAGGAGCAGCCCAGUGGAGAGUGAGGAGCAUCAGGCACAGUGUCAGCAGUGGUUAUGUGAGUGGAAUCUGGACUGAUGAACCCUCAUGCUGUUUUACCAGUACAGUACAGAAGCUUUACUUCAGUGUCACCAGCUCUAUAGAGUACCAGCGCUUCUCAGGAACAGUAAGAACUGAAGGCAUGAAGGGGUUUUGAACAAACUGGCUGAUCUGUGUAUGAAGAAGAGCACUGUGUGCCGUAGUGUACAUUAUAGAGACCUCCCCGCUUUUGUCAAUUUACAUUACCAUUCAAAAGUUUGGGGUCGGUAAGAUUUAAAAAAUUUUUUAAAGAAAGUGAUUUGCUCCCCAAGCUUGCAUAUAUAUAGGAUCCAAAAUACAGUAAAAACAGUAAUAUUGUGAAAUAUAUUUACAAUUUAUAAGAACUGUUUUCCAUUUUAAUAUUUAAAAUGUCCUUUAUUUCUGAAUAAAAUUAUUAAUCUUUUAAAAAAUCUUACUGACCCUUAACUAUUGAACAGUAGCAUACAUAAUUUGAACAAGAAAUAUUGAAAGGGAACGCAUGAUAUUAGAGUGCCAAGAGAAAAACUGAACGAGUGGUAUUGUUCAUUGUAUGAAUGUGCAACUGUAUGGGUUUGGCAUUUGUGCUUUUAAAGCAAUAGUGAUUAAAAAAAAAAAUUUUGUUUUUAUUAGUUUUUAUUGCAGUCUAGAAGGGGCCAAGACUCACCGUUUUUUCCCGCUACACAAACAGCCAAUUUACAUUAUUAACAUAGAUGAACGGUCUUCUUAAUUCUUGUACUAAAAUUGUGUGAAGCAUGUUUCUAGAAAUCCAUUGCUUCAGACAGACUGAACAAUCCCUACUUCAAAAACUGAAAAUGUAGCUGUAUUUUUUGCAUGUCAUUCUGUUCCUUGCACUGUAAGAUAAUAUUUGUAAGACUAUUGGUGCAGUUGCAUUUACCGUUGUUCAGCAAACAUUAACAGGCCAAAUCCAAAAAGGAUUUUAAAAAGGAAUUCACAUGAUCAAGAUCUGAGGGAGAAAAAUGUCCCCAUGCAGAUUCUUACAACAGGUUCAACAUGGAUUCACCACUUUGACCAACAGAAAGCUGCUUGAUUUGAAAAUGAGGUUUGUGUGAGCUGUGCUUCAAACAUUGCUACACUACUGACAGAGGACAGUGGUUCUCUUUUUUUUGCCAACCCAAAUUUCACUAAUGUGACUGCACCUUACAAAAGGAGCAUGUUGUUUGGGAAAAGCCCCCAAAACAUUAUGUGGUCAUUUCAAAUAAGUCAGUAAAGACACUUAAAAAAAGCAUUUAUUAUCUGUAAUCUGUAAUCCAUCUUUACAAACAGAAAAUGUUUAGUGUUGCAGAAAUGGCAAAGUUUAAUAAAUAAAGGCCCUUCAUUCUAACAGUAAA